UUGGUAUAGGAAUAGAAUGUGGCGAGGGAAGAUAGCGUGUACACGGAAGUGAGGCUUGGAACGCAAGGCGUCACACCCCGGAAGUACCCUCUUGGAGAUUGAAGUUGGCUAGAUCAGGCCUGUUUCUUCUCGAACAUCUGUGCCAUGUCAGUGGUGAAAUUUGAAGAUUUUGGGACCAAUAAGUGAGUGGGACAUGCUGCUCAGAAUCUGAAACAAUGAGGUUCAAGCCCUGCCUGAGCCAAUCGUUCUUCUCUCGAUCAACAGUGCACACCUUUUUGCUUGGAUUCACUUAUGUCGCUCUGGGAUCAAGCCGCGUCCUUUUGGUCAAGUUCUCGGCCAAUAAGGAUAACACUUAUGACUAUGUUCCAGCUACCGUUAAUGUGUGCGCCGAGGCUGUCAAGCUGCUUUCCUGCUUGAUAAUGGCUUUUAGAGUCAUUCUGAAAGAAAAGCGCCCACUUAGAUGCUGUAUGUGUUUUACUUUUAAAGAGUUCUGUCGCUACAUGAAAUGGGCUGUUCCAGCAUUUCUUUACUUUCUGGAUAAUCUGAUCUUUUUCUAUGUUUUGACCUACUUGCAGCCAGCCAUGGCUGUAUUGUUAUCCAAUUUUGUCAUUAUUACAACUGCAUUUUUCUUCAGGAUCAUACUUAAGCGUCAGCUUUCAUAUGUUCAAUGGGCAUCCCUGCUUAUUCUCUUCUUUUCUAUUAUGGGCCUGACAUCCCACCACGGUACCCAAAAAGAUGCGUCUGUUCAUGAAGCUCACCACAUAUUCCAUUCAGCCCCAUCCAACAGUUGCACUUAUGUGUCAAAGACUGAUGUGGGAAACCAGGAGUCUAGAACUUCGAUGUUACAGUCUGCACUGAAAAAUAUGCCCUUUGGAUUUGGUCAUUUUCUCAUUAUAAUUCAAUGUGUUAUAUCAGCUCUAGCGAACAUCUACAAUGAAAAAAUUUUGAAAGAAGGGGACCAGAUUUCUGAGAGCAUUUUCAUUCAAAACAGCAAACUUUACGUAUUUGGCGUGUUGUUCAAUGGCCUCACGUUGUCUUUUCACAGCGAGCACUUUAGCAAAAUAAAAUCCUGUGGAUUUUUCUAUGGCCAUAAUGGAUUUUCAAUUGCUCUCAUUUUUGCAACUGCGUUUGUAGGAUUGUCGGUGGCUUUUAUAUUGAAAUUCCGAGACAAUAUGUUUCAUGUCCUCACAGCACAAGUGACAACAGUUAUAAUUGCGACUGUGUCGUUUUUUGUAUUCAAUUUUAAGCCCUCUUUGGAAUUCUUUCUAGAAGCACCUGUGGUUCUUCUCUCUAUAUAUAUUUAUAAUGCCAGCAGAAUUUCAGAAUCCAAAGGACCCGCACAACGUGAAAAGCUAAAAAUAGUAAAUGGAGAUGUUUGGGAGCGAUCUGGCGGAGAUGGCCAAGAACUUGAAAAACUUACCAAACUAAGCGAUGACUCUGAAACCGAUGAAGAAAUGUUCUAAUUAAAAUGACUGAUAACCCAACCAAGGCUUGCUUUCAAAUGUUAAAAAAAAAAAAAAAUGGAAAUUCUAUGAUAAUCCUUAUAGUCUAAGAUAUUUAGGAUGGGCCUAAAUGAACCCUCUACCCUAAAUACCAUAGCCGGUUAAUGUUCACCAAUUCAACAAAAAAACUUCCUCCCAGGGACCUUACUUUUUUGACUGUUUUUAGUAAAAACCAGAAUGGCUAAAACCUUUUUCAGUUUUUUGUGAUUUUUUUAUUUAUUUUUUGUAUUUGGAAAACGCAAAAGGUAUCAAGUUGUAUGAAGCACCUGAGACCGUACCAGUAGUCCCAAGCAAAUCCAAUAAAGCGGAUUGUUUAAAACGGCUUUUUUGGCCUUUUAAAUUAGAGCCAAUUUUUUUUUAACGUUCAGAACUAUGUAUUCUAAUGUUUCCUUUCCAGUACCAGUCCUGAAACAGCUGCAAAGAAAUGUUAUUUGAUAUUUUAAAUGAACUAAAGAAUAGAGCUAAAUGGAGGGGCUAGUGAAGACAGUUAUAGCUCUGUGAUAUGGUAGGCUUUUUUUAUGUUUACUUUUAACUUUUUAAUAACCCAGCUGAAAAUGUCUUUGGUUGACAUGGUAAAUGGGAAAGGGCAACUCCACCCAAACCCAAUAUCUUUGAUAAAUCGCUGAUUCUUUUCUUAGGCUCCAUUAGUCAGGUUUUCUCACAGCUGACUGGGUCUCAUCCCCUUCUGACAAGAUUAUUUUACCCACUUCACACCACAUUUCCCAAUUAAAGGAAGGUACUAAUAAUUGGUUAUGUUAUCACUGUAGAUAACUGAGAUAUCUUGUGAGGACACUUGUGUCCCCUAGAGCUGCAGCAGGUAAUGUUGCUUUCCAAUAUAAUCAGCUUUGUGUGGAGUUGACCUUUUUAAGAAUGGAAUGAGCUUGCUAUGGAAUAAAACUGCUAA